AUGACCAGCACGACAGACGUGAUCGUCUUGUCCUCCUCUCCGAAUUGCACCCCUCAAUCUCCAGCACGAGAUACGGACCUCCUCGAAAGGGCACUGGGAAUCCCGCCACAAUGCUCCUCGCCACCGCCGAUACCCUCCCCUCCACAGUUGUUCGAGCUGCCGACGCGUUCUGCAUACUUUGCCACGGAAAGCAACACAACGAAGAGCUGGAGCACCUCACAGAAAAAAGGACGGCGAACCACCAAAACAGCGUCUGCUACGUCUACGAAUCCGGAUGAAAAGACGCGCGCCAGGAAGUCGCGAUCGAAGGCGAAGGAUAUGGCUGAGUCUGGUCCAACGGCUUCUGAUCACCCCGGACCGGACUCGGUGGAUUCCAGAGACGGCGGGACGAUAGAGAAGUCAGGGACGAAGAAAAGUCGGUCUGCAAAGACUGCUUCAAAGCGCAAGGACUCGGGCAAUAUGAAAUUGGCUGGGAAAGUCACCAAGUCGGGUGUGGAUGCGCCGGCGAAGAAGACCAGCAAAGAUGGCAAGAAUGCCGUUGAUUCAAUGGGCUCGAUGAUUGACCUGUCGAAGGGAUCAAAUGCGCUGGGGGAGGAUGAGGAGCUACAUCUGGAGGCUGCGACAAGGCGAAGGAUAGACUGGACACCACCACCAGACACCAGUCCGGAAGACAGCGCCGUCGAAGAAGUGAAUCAGAAGGAGGACAGUGAAGCAAAAGGAUCUGGCGGAUUUGGCACGCUUUUUUCCAGCUACAGCUUUGCUACUUCGGCAGCAACUUCUCGCGAGAUGCGCCAAAACCCAGACGGUGGACCAACCAAGCGAAGGCGCAUUGAGCUCGUAAAUUCGCAUCUUCCAGCAACCAACGACGACAAGACAAGCGACACGAAGAGCGAAGCCUCUGACUCGGCCUCUUCUGCUGCGCAAACAAAAAGAAAAGGGACACAAACCAAACGGUUCACAACAUUGACUGCUCGGAUGACCGCGCAAUACAGUAUCUUGGAAGAGGACAUCGACGGCGUGUUGGACAGCGAAAAGGAGAAGCCCAAACGCCGUAGCAAAGCCAAGUCCACGAACAAAGACCCCGAGUUCACAAUCCUUUCUCCUGAAGCUGCUGCCAAGGCUUUUGAUGAACAGGACCUCAUGUUCGGCACAUGCAGCCAGUUGGAGAGGGAAGAUUCGCCGCAAACGCUGGAAGAGAUGCAGGAAGCGAUUCGUGCUUCCGAGAAGCUUUUCAAAGAGCAGAAAGCUUCUUCUGCUGAUCGAAGUGUCACCUCUGCUCGUCCCAUUUCCAGACUGAUUGGCAGCCGAAAUUUAUGGGGAGUUGCCGCCAGGAAUACCGACGGAUCCUUGAUUCGGGCCGAAGGCCUGGACAAAGUUGAUUUGACAGAGCCAAAAGAGGCCAGCAUGUCAAUACACAAGCAAGAUGAAUUCGACUGGCUUGAGAUCGAUUGUGGAGAGCCUAAAUCGGAUUCACGGACGAAGACCCAGUUGCCUGAACAGUCUGCGCCGCGGUGUCAAGCUGCAAUCACUGCCACUCAGCCCUCGAAAGAUACAGAAAACAGCGACCCGCCCGUGAGCCCUCAGCAGCCUUCCAUGCCACAGUAUAGUGGGUUCACGGACGCAGAGCUAUCCAAACAGGUAGCUGCAUACGGAUUCAAGUCUGUGAGGGGCCGAAAGAAGAUGAUUGAUCUUCUCCAAAAGUGCUGGCAUUCGAAACAUGGCCGUGGCAACAAGUCUGCUGGUCCUACGCAGCAGCCCGAGAAACCGAAAGCUCGCAUCUCUGCCAAAACUCAGAUCUCAGCUCCAAGCAAGCCCAAGAGAACAAAAACUGACUCCAAAUCAUUCUCAAAAAACCUGCAGAACAGCCCCAAAGGCAAGCAGACGAGCCGCUCUUUUAUCGACGUCGACGAGAUCCAAGACUCAGAAGAGGAAAUACUUCCUUCUCCAAGUCAAGUCCAGAAACGAUACACGGACAUAUACUCCAGCAAAUCCAGUAGUGCUUCAGAGCCUUCUCUGGACAUGUCACCCACGGCACCAUCACCGCCAAGUCCCACGAAACGCAAAACCGCUGCCCCUCGCAAGCCAUCUAGCACCCGGCCGCCAUCUUCCGCCCCAAUCACGAAGCCAGCAACCAGACCAGACACCUCCAGACGAAGCAGUCUCCCAGACCUAGGCACACAGGUCACCAAGGCCGUUCACGCUCAGAAGCAGUCCCCCCUCUCAUCCAUGUCCAAAAGCCGCAGUAAUCCGACAUGGCACGAGAAGAUCCUGAUGUAUGACCCGAUCGUCCUGGAGGAUUUUACUACAUGGCUGAACGUCGAGGGACUUGGUCUUGUCGGCGAAGAUCGCGAGAUCAGUGCUGGGUCUGUGAGAGAGUGGUGUGAGGGGAAAGGUGUUUGUUGUUGCUGGAAGAACAAGGCUAGCUGGUAG